AACUUUGAUCGAUGAAAAUUCACAAGUGAAGGGGGACAUUUAUGGACCGUCUCGCAUGUCGGAUUAAACGUUUAUGGACAAAAGCUAUUGUUUCUGAGUCGGUGGAGGAUUUAUUUUUCUGUUUUUAAAGGUUUUCUCGUCUUCUAUGUGAAUCAGCUGACAGAAUGGGGAUACUGCUAUUAUUUGCUGGCUUGCAAGUGGUGACAGUCGGCUUGGUGACUGCUGGCUGUCCAGUGGUGUGUGAGUGUCCGGCAGGGCCCCCAUCCUGUCCCCCAGGGGUCAGCUCAGUCCCAGAUGGAUGCAGCUGCUGCAAGGUGUGUGCUGCUCAACUCAACCAGGAUUGCCACGAAGGAAGGCCCUGUGACCACCAUAAAGGCCUGGAGUGCAACUAUGGCAACGAUGUAGGCCGUACCCACGGCAUCUGCAGGGCAAAGGCAGAGGGCCGCUCGUGCGAAUACAGCGGGAGGAUUUAUCAAAACGGCGAGAAUUUCCGCGCUGGUUGCAAGCACCAGUGUACCUGCAUCGACGGAGCGGUGGGCUGCGUGCCCCUUUGCCCCAGUCAUGUGCCCCUGGCAUCCCCUUCCUGUCCUGCUCCACAGCUGGUCAAGGUGCCAGGCCAGUGCUGCCUCAGCAUCAACUGCCACAAGGGUACCACCCUUGUACCCCCAGUGCACCGCCGACCCCAAUCUCCAGUUUACCCGCCUUACCCUUUCAUUCCCUACCCGGCCUACCCCUACCCAAAGCCUUACCCGAAACCUUACCGGAAGCUGUACCCCUACAAGCACAAAAAGGAGAAGGACACCCUGGGCAACGAGCUGGUGGAGGUGGGGCGCAAGUGGGACAAGCCGCGUGGAAACAAGCACCUGGCGGCCUGGAGGCAGGUGGGAGAUCAGUGUGAGGUUCAGACUACUUCCUGGUCCCAGUGUUCUCGAAGCUGUGGGAUAGGCGUCUCGUCUCGUGUUACCAACGACAAUGCCCGGUGUAAGCUGAUCAAGGAGACACGUCUGUGCAACAUUCGGCCCUGCAGUUCCAUGUCUAUCCCUGUCAAGAAAGGAAGGAAGUGCUCUCGUACCCAUAAGGCCCCUGAGCCACACCGACUGUCCUACGCCGGCUGCAGGAGCACUCGCCUGUACAGACCCAACUACUGUGGGGUAUGUAGGGAUGGCCGUUGCUGCUCACCCCGUCGUACACGCACUGCCAGCGUGGCCUUCGUCUGCCCUGAUGGCGAGCGCUUCAACAGGUCUGUGAUGUUCAUCCAGUCCUGCAAGUGCAGCGACGAGUGCAAUCAUCUCAACGAGGCAGCCAUGCCUCCACAACGAUGGCUCUACGGAGACACACACAAGUUCAUUGACUAGUAUCACCCCCCCCCCCCACCCCCCCAAACCUACAUUCCCUCACAAGACAUUAACUCCCCCAUAGUGAUCCCCAUUAUAGAAUAGCUGUCCUUAGUGUAUCUAUGAGUAGACGCAGGCGAGGUGCACACAUCAAAACAUCUUUUGUGGAAGAUUAUUUGGGGAGGAAUGGGGAGAAGCAGAAUGAAUCAGAUGGCCGCAUGGUCUUCAGCUUGGAAAGAGCAAAGUGACCAGCCCCUGCUUUAGUUUAGAUAAAAAAGUUGUUUCUGGCGAGACUUCUACAGACUGUGACAAAAUCUUUAUGGAAAGCAUGGAUGCAACUGUGUUGCUGCCACGCACCAAAUGUCCCUUGAACUCUGAGACUUUUGUUGGGGACACCGGAGCAAAGCGUAACUUGUGGUGUUUCUUUUGUUGAUUGUGUGGAUUCACAUCACAGUUACUGAGCAUCAGGUCUGACCAGCCAAUACAAAGCUGGUAUCACUUUGCUGUGGAGCCAAAUAUGAAACCUGUCUGUACACUCCAAUUACGUAGUAUUGAUGAACCAAAUGAAGACUCAUGGAGACGACUUGACAGCAACGACUGGGAUCAUGAUGGCAGAAGAUGGAGGAGCGUCUCAGAUGUUCUGACAGGAGUGUGGCGUGUGUCUUUCUAUGGUAUUUAUUCACUGGUAUUUAUUGUUGAGACAGACAUGAUGACACAGUGGCCUGACACUAGGGAAGACGGUGCUGCUAUGUUUGGAGCAUCGGCGUGGCUGAACAGCGAUCUGAGAGGGACAGAACAGCUGAGAGCUGUCAGCCAUGACAGGGAGAGGAGGACUCCCACAGAUCUGGGACUUGACCCCGGGGUUGCAUCAGCUGUCACGGCGGUCAAAAAGCCAUGUCUAAUGAUGGAUGAUGAAGGCUACAGGAGAAGAGGAGGUAUGUACUAGAAAAAGACAGAGUUGAACCUGAUGGGUUGAGGCUUUGUACGCAUUAGUGGGGAACAUGUCAAAGGUUGUUUACACAGCUGGACUCAUCCCCUGCCUUGCCUCCACCAGAAACUGAGACAUUUAGCAACCACCAGAAGAACAAGCCUGGGAUUCUGGCGCCAAGAAGUCAAACGCCUAAUUCUUUGCAAAUUACAAUCCUGACUCUGAGGAGCGCCAAGAGAAAAUCAGUCACUCUCUGGUUUGCUAUAAAAAAAAAAAAAAAAAAGUGUACUGAGGUAAACAUGUAAUUUGGGACUAGCGAGUGGAACCUCUCUGGUGCCCAAUCUGGCCUGUAAUAGAACAGCAUGCCAGCUCACUGAAACAAAACAAUAACUCAUGCUUCUUCAUGUUUAAGUGGUGUCUGUUACUCAGAAAGGCCGUGUUGUCAGCUGACAUCCCCGUCAGGGCAGAGAAGGGCCACACGGCCCUAAAGAGGAUGAAGCCGGCGCUGCCAGAGGUCAAUAAGAAUUUAUUUCUAAAGAGAUUUCAAAGGAGGGGAAUUCUGUAUUAUUCUACCAUUUAAGUGGGCAAUUUCUGAACCCAGAGCAUCUUUCUUGACUGGCACUUCACGCACCUUACAAAAGGCUUGAUAAUACAGAGGGUUUGAGAGUCAUUUCAUUGUUACACAUUUUAAAUGUGUGACUCGAAAUCAUUUGAAGCUCCAGGUUAUUAUUUCAAAGAUGUGUUUUCUCUUGUGCCAUAAGAUAGUGGCUUAGACAUUUUAGUGUUCUGUGAAACUGGAAAAUAUUUGCAUUUUCUUCCAUCUCUUGGCUAAGGUUGGCUUUCUUAGAUAAGAGACUCUGCUGCCGCUAAACUACAACUUUGUUAGGGGGUUUUCAUUUUAAAAGGCGAUUUGAAAUGUUUUUUGGGAAUUCUUUGCCAUUGCUAUUUCUCUAUGUAGACGCUGUGGUUUUGGUACUGUAUGUCUAGUUUUGUUACAUGACACUGUAGUGCAGCUAUGUACAGAUGUAUUGUUACCUUCUUUGUAGUUCUAUCUGCUGUAUAAGGGCCAGUCCUUUUACCGAGUUAUACUGAAGUAGUCCAUGUGUAGUUUAGUGCUGAACGAGGCAGGGUUCAGAACCUUUGUGAGCAUGAAGUGCCAAUUUGAAAGCAUGAUGAUUGUAUGUCUACUAGUGUACAUGAAUACUAUCUGUAAUAAAAAGUCAUGCCUUUUAAGAUUACAUAUUAAAAUAAUGUUCACAAAGAGAA